UUCUCAGUCAAGAAUCCUCAAUUGGAAGUCCGAAGAAGUAAUGCCAAAAUAUUAGAAACUGGAAUACACUGUGCAUCUUCUUUCAAGAUCAAUGUCACAGUUUUGAAAACUCAGUUAGCAUUUACCAUUAAAAUUUAACUGGCAUGUCGUAUGAGACGAUAUCAAUAAUUCAGGAUAAUUAUACAUAAUAAUAAGCCUUUCAUGUUCCGCAGAAUAUUUUGAUGGGAGCUAGAAGAACAUCAGAAAAUCAUACUUCUCUUAACCAUGAUGAUGUAAUAAAUUUAAAAUAAUACCAAAUUGCACAGCUGUUCGACAAGAAACUGAAUCUGUGUAAUAUAUAAUGACCCAAAUUAUACAUUUUCAGUAACAUCUAAUGCCUUGUAAAACUACAUAUGAACAAUAUUGAUUUCCAUGAUCCUCAGAUGAGAACUUGUACUCCAUACGACAUUUGUCAAAUACGCGAUUUCUCCUAAAGCACUCGCAUCAGUUAAAAACGCCAGCGUUAGAAAUCUCGAGAUAUAGCCAUGCUUCAGAUAACCGAAGGCUCCGAAAUAUUUUACAUAUCUUACUACAAUAAAAUCGAACGAUACAUCCAACUUUUGGGGCAAGAUCCGCGUCAUAAAAGUAGCACUAGAAAUAUUAUUGUAAUGAUAGUGAUGAUUAAUAUCGCAAGCAUCAUUUUCCCAACGAUAAUAGAGAUACUUGCGUCAUUGCAUAACAAGGAUAUAGAUGGAGUCAUCGAGUGUCUGCCACAUUUUCUUGCAUCUUCCAUCAGCGCUGUCAAAAUAUUAAAUAUGUAUUUCAACAGGCGAAGUUUUGACAAGUUGUUUCAACUUGUGGCAAAACAAUGGCAGGAACUGAAAUUAAACGACGAACUGCACAUUCUAGAGGAAACCGUCAUGCAAGGUAACAGGAUGGCGCAAUUUUACCAUAACACUUUAGUAUCUUUUUUGGGAUUAUUCUUGCUGGUGCCACUAAUUUUCCCCAUUCUCGAUAUUGUUCAUCCAAUAAACGGAACUCGAACACGCCAACAACUACUAAGAGUUAAUUACAUAUUUUUUAACGGUGAUGAUUAUUUUUUCUACAUAUACUUGCAAUUAUUUUGUGCAGCAGCUGUUGUUGUGUUCGUCAUAAUUAGUGCAGACUGGUUAUACAUGCUAAUAAUUCAUCACGUCAGUGGAUUAUUUGCAGUCUGUGGACAUCGAGUCCAAAAAGCAACUGUGAAUCCAAACAACUCUACUUGCACAGCUGUUUCUGAGAAUUACAUGUAUGAAAAAAUCCGGAAUUGCGCGAUGAUGCAUAGUGAAGCUAUACUGUUUUACAAUAUAUUGAACGGAAGCAGUCAAGGUAGUUACUUAAUUCAGGUUGGAUUGAGUAUGUUGGGUAUCAGCACGACAGCUGCCCAAAUAGUAAUAAACUUAGAUAGACCGGAGGAAGCAAUGCGAAGUGCUGUAUUUUGUGGGGCUAGUCAAUUUCAUUUGCUUUUACUCAGUUUACCUGGACAGGUUCUCCUGGAUCAUUGCUCUGAUUUAGCAGAUAAUAUUUACAGCUCGACAUGGUACGGAACACCCGUGCAGGUUCAAAAAGUACUAUACGUGAUGCAAAUAAGAUGCAAAAGAUUUUGUUCAUUGACGGCAGGUGGAUUGUACGAAAUGAACAUAGAAAACUUUGGGAUAACUUUCAAAACUUGUAUGUCCUACAUUACAAUGUUUAUGUCUCUGAAGGACUGAACUUACAUUACUAGUCAAAUGUAAUAUCAUCCAUUGUAUAUUAUACACAGUUUUAACAAGCGUACAACUAGUAUAAUAGAUAGCUGAC